AUGACGCCCAACAACACCAACCCAAACCCCCUCACCUACCACGCUCCCGCGCACCCCCGUCUCGCAACCCGCGCCGACCCCAGCCCGUACGGCGGCCCUGACCCCGACGAUGACGAGUGGGAUGAUCUGUCCGACUGCGAUGACGACGAUGAAGACACACCUGAUGAUGAUGAUGAUGAUGAUGAUGAUGACGAUGACGAGGAGGACAAGGAGGGGUAUUAUAUUGUUGAUGAGGGGAGUAUCCGCCACAAGCAGCCUCAGCGUGCUGAUGAGCCUGGUGAUCGCCAUGGGAACAAUGGUAACGAUACCGGGAACGGUACCGAUACCGGGAACGGUACCGAUACCCGUAAUGAUGGUGAUAAGGAGGAUGAAGAGGAGAAGAAAGGGAAGAAGGGAGAAGAAGAGGUCGAGGACAACGACUGGGUCCGCGAUGGAUAUGCCGUCUACGACGAGGACCUAGACGGGGAGGGCGUAGCCGUUGAACACCCCGAUGAAGACGAAGAUGAAGACGAAGACUGGAGCUACGACGGGGAUGAUGAGGAUGAUGGGGAUGCUGAAGAGGCCGACGACAACAACAACGACAACGAUGGCAACGAAGUCUUCUGGGACGCCGGUGAGUGGGACUUUGGUGGGGAUGGAGAGGACGGUAUGGAUGUUGAUGUUGAUGUUGAUGCCGAGACGGGUGGUGUUUUGGUUGGGGGCUGGGAUGCUCAGGCUUUGGAAGGGUCUGGAGUUGGGGUUGAUAGGAGUAUUGGGGUCGGUCAGGGGGUUCAUCACGGACAGGGAGAUGGGCAGAACAGUCUGGACAACACUGGUCUAGAUCUCGCUGCUCUUUUCGGUCGUGGGCCCGCGGAUGAGCUGCUCACGCUUCUUGGAGCUGGGCAAAAUGGUGUCUCUAACCUCGGCCGGAACCCAAACCAUAACCGUGCCAACGACAGCUUUAUCGACUUCAUCCACACCUACCAUAGCCGGCGGGCGAAUCACCGUGGCAUCGGCUGA